CCAAAUUAAACGUCACGACCUAAAUCACCUAAUCAACGUACGUACGUAAUUUCUUCACACAACAUACUAGUAUAACAACCCAUAUUGGUUUUGUGUACGUAAUUAUUAGUGAUCGAAGAUGUCAACAGAACAAGAGAGGAAGGAGCUAGAUGAGAGGGCAAAAGAGGGAGAAACUGUGGUUCCUGGUGGCACUAGAGGUAAGAGCUUAGAAGCUCAGGAGCACCUCGCUGAAGGCCGUAGCCGCGGUGGCCAGACUCGUAAAGAGCAGCUUGGCACCGAAGGCUACCAGCAGAUGGGCCGCAAAGGCGGCCUUAGCACCACCGAUAAGUCCGGUGGUGAGAGGGCUGAGGAAGAAGGUAUCCCUAUUGAUGAGUCCAAGUUUCGAACGCAAACUUCGUGUCGUAAUUUCUAUCAUUCAUCAUUAUCCAAAGAGAAUAAGAGUAGGGAAGAAAAAAAGAUGUCGACAGAACAAGAGAGGAAGCAGCUUGACGAGAGGGCAAAGCACGGUGAAACUGUGGUUCCUGGUGGCACAGGAGGUAAAAGCCUCGAAGCCCAAGAGCACCUCGCUGAAGGAAGAAGCAGAGGAGGGCAGACGAGGAGAGAGCAGCUAGGGACAGAAGGGUACCAAGAAAUGGGGCGUAAAGGUGGGCUUAGCACCGGUGAUCAAGAGGGUGGCGAGCGUGCUGCGCAGGAGAAAGGGAUAGACAUCGAUGAGUCCAAGUUUCGCACCAGCAACCCCUAAAGAAUCUACUAAUGCAGCACUUGUAUGGUGCUAGCUUCGUCGUAGUGAUGGUCACACACGGCCACACGACUCUAUAUAUGUUGAAGUUGUCUUUGUUUCUUUCAGUAGUUAAUUAUGAAGGAGUUAAGAGUAGUGUUUAGUCUAGUAUAAGCUGUAUAUUGCGUUUUAUCAUCUUAAUGAAAACAGUUGUUUAUGUA